GGCGCACACAUACACACUCGGCCACGCGCGCGCCGCCCGGCCCCACUCGCGCAGCGCGGGCCUCCGCCGGCCGCAUUGUCCGCCAGCCAGCCCGCCCGGCACCGUCCGGUCCCGCGCCACCGCUCCUCGCCCGCCGAAGCCCCGGACGCUGCCGCUGUCUCGGACGUGCGCGGGGCGCCGCCCGCAAGAUCCGAACGCAGGAAGGGGGCGCGCCCAGGCAGCUCGACGGGCCUCGGACGCCCCCGGCCCGGUACGGAGCAACCGCGGCCGCAGACUGUCUUCACGGGAAGGGUCCACAUCCCCCCUCAUCAUGUCCCGACGAAGCCAGCGCCUCACUCGCUACUCCCAGGGCGAUGACGAUGGCAGCAGCAGCAGUGGAGGGAGCUCGGUGACAGGGAGCCAGAGCACCCUGUUUAAGGACAGUCCUCUCAGGACCUUGAAGAGGAAAUCCAGCAACAUGAAGCGCCUGUCCCCAGCGCCACAGCUGGGCCCCUCUGAUGCCCACACCUCCUACUACAGCGAGUCCAUGGUCCGGGAAUCCUACAUCGGCAGCCCCCGGGCGGCAUCCCUCGCCAGGAGCGCCCUCCUUGGUGAUCACCUGCACAGUGAGCCCUACUGGAGUGGGGACCUCAGGGCAAGGAGAAGGAGAGGCACCGGCGGCACUGAGAGCAGCCAAGUCAACGGGCUGGCAGAGCGCAAGGCCUCUGAGGACUUCCUGGGCUCCUCCUCCGGCUACUCCUCUGAGGACGACUUUGUGGGCUACUCGGAUAUGGACCAGCAUAGUUCGGGGUCUCGGUUAAGGGGUGCUGUCUCCCGGGCUGGCUCCUUUGUCUGGACCGUGGUCACUUUUCCAGGCCGGCUCUUCGGACUUCUCUACUGGUGGGUUGGCACGACCUGGUACCGACUGACGACAGCUGCGUCCCUCCUUGACGUCUUCGUGUUAACCAGGCGCUUCUCCUCCCUGAAGACAUUCCUCUGGUUCCUCCUGCUGCUGCUGCUCCUGACAGGCCUGACCUAUGGUGCUUGGUAUUUCUACCCCUACGGACUGCAGACCUUCCACCCUGCUGUGGUUUCCUGGUGGGCGGCGAAGGACAGCAGGAGGCAGUCUGAGGUGUGGGACUCCAGAGGCUCUUCCCCGCAGUUCCAGCAGGCCGAGCAGCGCAUCCUGUCCCAGGUGCACUCCCUGGAGCGGCGCCUGGAAGCUCUUGCUGCUGAGUUUUCCUCCAACUGGCAGAAGGAGGCCAUAAGGCUGGAGCGCCUGGAGCUGCGGCAGGGGGCCGCUGGCCAGGGGGGCAGCAGUGGCCUGAGCCAGGAGGAUACCCUGGCACUCCUGGAGGGGCUGGUGAGCCGCCGGGAGGCUGCCCUGAAGGAGGACAUCUGCAGGGAUACCGCCUCUCUCGUCCAGGAAGGACUGGCCACUCUGAGGGCAGAACAUCACCAAGACUCGGAAGACCUCUUCAAGAAGAUCGUCCAGGCCUCCCAGGAGUCGGAGGCUCACAUCCAGCAGCUGAAGUCAGAGUGGCAAAGGAUGACCCAGGAGGCCUUCCAGGAGAACUCUGUGAAGGAGCUGGGGCGGCUGGAGGCCCAGCUGGCCGGCCUGAGGCAGGAGCUGGCAGCUCUGAGCCUGAGGCAGAGCACGGUGGCCGACGAAGUGGGCCUGCUGCCCCAGAAGAUUCAGGCUGUGCGCGACGACGUGGAAUCUCAGUUCCCUGCCUGGGUCAGUCAGUUCCUUCUCCGGGGCGGAGGCGCCCGCACUGGGCUCCUCCAGAGAGAGGAGAUGCAGGCUCAGCUGCGGGAGCUGGAGAGCAAGAUCCUCACGCACGUGGCGGAGACGCAGGGCAAGUCGGCGCAGGAGGCCGUGGCCUCCCUGGGACUGACGCUGCAGAAGGAAGGCGUGGUCGGGGUCACCGAGGAGCAGGUGCACCGGAUCGUGAAGCAGGCCCUGCAGCGCUACAGCGAAGACCGCAUCGGGAUGGUGGACUACGCCCUGGAGUCGGGAGGGGCCAGCGUGAUCAGUACCCGGUGUUCCGAGACUUAUGAGACCAAGACGGCCCUCCUCAGCCUCUUUGGCAUCCCCCUGUGGUACCACUCCCAGUCGCCCCGGGUCAUCCUUCAGCCAGACGUGCACCCAGGAAACUGCUGGGCCUUCCAGGGGCCCCAGGGCUUUGCCGUGGUCCGCCUCUCUGCCCGCAUCCGCCCCACGGCCGUUACCUUAGAGCACGUGCCCAAGGCACUGUCACCCAACAGCACCAUCUCCAGCGCCCCCAGGGACUUUGCCAUCUUCGGGUUUGACGAAGACCUGCAGCAGGAGGGGACACUUCUGGGCACUUUCACCUACGACCAGGACGGGGAGCCAAUUCAGACCUUCUACUUCCAGGUGGCUAAGAUGGCCACAUACCAGGUGGUGGAGCUGCGGAUCCUGACCAACUGGGGCCAUCCCGAGUACACCUGCAUCUACCGCUUCCGGGUGCACGGGGAGCCUGCCCACUAGCCUCUGAAACUUUCGUGCCUGCUGCCAGCCAUCUGGGAGGCCAGCCCCUCCCAGCAUGUACCCCUACUCCAGGAGCGGGCGUGCAGCACCCCACCACCAACCCACAAGCUUGACCAGCGAGCUCUGACUUCCAGGAGCAAGAAAGAAGAGCCUCGGCCCUGGGGAGAUGAGAAUGUGCAGGGUUUUGCCAAGUAGCGGCAGCCCAUGGUGGCCAGCAGGUUCCAGCGCUCUCUGCACCCUUCCUCCCCAAAUUGGGCUGGCACCGUGGGGUGUACAUAUGUAGCAUACCAGGGGGACGGGGAGGCGGGAGGCAGGGCCACUGCCCCAGGGAGCCAGCUCCUGUGGAAGCCCGUGGGUAAAGCAGGUGGGAAGUGAUGGGGCACUCUGCUGCGCUCUACCUGCAAGGCUAGGGUCCCGGCUUGGCCUGUUUUAUCCUAAGUAGAGGUGGGCCACGGGGCUGCCUAUGCCCCUGGGAGACAGCCUCUGUGAGCCCCUGACGGCUGCUGCCCAUGCCAGUCUGUAGGAGUCCCCUGUGCUGGGUGACCACAGCUCUUUCUCUCCUGGUGCCAGGGCAAGAGCCCGCUCUGCACCCCAUUCCUGCUAGGGCCUGCCUGUGUCCCACAGCAAGCUUUCCACAUUCCCCCAGGCUGCAGGGGACCUAGGUCUGCCUUUGGGGCCAUGAGCAUUUGGGGUUACCUAGAAGGGAGGGGAAGAGGGAACCUCCUUGUCCAGUGGUAAUGACCACAACAGUGCCAUAUGACCACGACAGUGCCAUUCAGGGUGUCAGGUGGGAGGAGGGCUAUCUGCACUGAGGAGGGGGGCUUUUAGACCCAUAGGCCCUGCUGUAUAUAUUUUUCAAAGUCCGUUUUUUUAACUGAAAAGCUAAGGGCUUGAUUCCUAGCCCCGUUCUGUGGGGCGCUGGGUGGUUCUCAGAAGGGCUUGGUCCUGGUCUGUGGGAAGUGGGCAGGCAGGUGCCCCGCGUGACAGGGCUGGGCCUGACUUGGCUCUGUGGCUUGGGUGACGAUGAAGUGGUGGCCCCUGCACAGCCCUGCCCCUGCCUGAGACAACCAAGUCUUGUUCUGUGCUCUCCUGUCACAAAUGCUGCACUGUUGGUUCUUAAUUUUUUUAUCUCCAGAUUCUAAUUUAUGCCUAUGCAAAAAAUAAAAGGAUGCCCAGGA